GCCUCCUCCAGUCCCAAAGCCCUGCCCCCAAAGCCAACCGACCAAUCAGCAGCCAGAGAAACCACAGGUUCUGACGGCGAGGAGAACGAAGGAGUCGACGUCCCCGACGGGAAAAGAGCGAAGACUCCCGUCCUGUCUCAGUGUCUAUCCGACUCGUCCUCCUCUGCUCCAAACUCCCAGGACCUCCUGUCCUCCUCCCAGCCCUCGUCCUCCUCGUCCUCCCAGCCGAAGCUCUGGACUCUGGACUCCCAGCCCUCGUCCUCCCAGGAGCUCCUCCCGUCCUCCCCCACCUCUCCUCCUCCCCCUCCUCCUCCCGUCGUCCCCGAGCUGGAGCGCUGCUCGUCGGCGGAGUGGCGUCUGCCGGACUCGUGUCUGGACCCGUGUCUCAUCUGCCAGUCCCGGCCCAAGAACGGCUGCAUCGUCCACGGACGCACGGGACACCUGAUGUCCUGCUACGUCUGCGCCCGCAAGCUCAAGAAGAGGAACAAGCUGUGUCCCGUCUGCAGGCUGCCCAUCCAGUCCGUCGUCCUCACUUACCUCAGCUGAGACACGUCUGUCCCUCUGCUGUCCCCAUCCAGUCCGUCGUUCUCACCUACCUCAGCUGAGACACGUCUGUCCCCCUGCUGUCCCCAUCCAGUCCCUCGUCCUCACCUACCUCAGCUGAGACAUGUCUGUCCCCUCCCUCUGUCUGUCUUCACCUACCUCAGCUGAGACGUUGUGUCUGUCCCUCUCAUGCAGCAGAUAAAUGUAGGACGAAUGUCUCUCAUCGUUUGGUUUGUCUUUAGUUGAACUCGUCACAUUAACCAGAUUUACAUCAAACAGUAAUUUAGUGAGAAUUUACUAAAUUAAAGUUCAGGGUUUUUUGGUUGUUUUGUUUUGUUUUAUUUUUAUUGAUUGUA